GCCAUAAAUUAACAUUUUGAGUUUUUCCAAGCUCUUGCUAGAUGGGUCUUGCACAUCAUAAUUCUUUGAGGCAUUAUAAUAGAAAGAAAGUGAAGAUUUAUUAGGAAAAAUCUGGGAUUUCCCUUAUUUUGUACUCCAUUUCUUUUUUCUUUAUUGGGGGUCAUUUUUUGUGUCUUAUCUGGCACAUAGGGUUCGAUUUUGGAUUCUUCUGGUGGUUAAAGAAAGUGUGGUUUGUGUCAGAAUUGCUUAUUUUUGGAGGGGUUGACCUAAAUUUGGUGUCUGAUUAGUAAUAUAUAGUUUUUGCAAGCUAUUCUGUGGGCUGAGAUUUUGGGUCCUUUUUUUUUUCUUUUGAAUGGGCAUGCCGGUGGAGUGGUUCCAGGGACAGAGCUAAGGUUCAAGAGGAUUUGUUGCAUUAAAACAAAUUAUCAAUUGCAGAAGUGCUGAGAAAUUUUUGUAUUUCGAUUUGUAGUUGAAGUAUUCGGGAUUUGGUUUCUGCAGUUUUGUGAGUUUUCUUGUAAGGGAAAGAAGCAUUUUAAAUGUUUUUUUUUUUUUUUUCAAAGAUCUAAAUUGAAAUUCGUGAGAAGUUUGGAAUUGGGGUUUCGAUUUUGAAUCUGCAUAGAAUUGAAUUGCAUUGCUGUUAACAGAGGAGUUUUAGCAUAGAGGGAUUUUGUUCUUCUUGAAGUUGUGUUGCUGUAAGUAGAGUUUUCAUCGAUUUUUGCAGAAAUGGCUUGUAUGAAAUUAGGAUCCAAAACUGAUGCAUUCAAGAGGCAAGGGCAGGCCUGGUUCUGCACAACUGGUCUACCGAGUGAUAUAGUUGUCGAAGUUGGGGAGAUGUCCUUCCAUCUCCACAAGUUUCCACUGCUUUCUAGAAGUGGUGUUAUGGAAAGAUUGAUUGCAGAAGCAUCUGAAGUAGAAGAAGGAUGUGUCAUUAAACUCUCUGACGUUCCCGGUGGAGCUAAAACAUUUGAACUUGUAGCUAAAUUUUGCUAUGGGGUAAAACUUGAACUUACUGCUGCAAAUGUGGUACAACUUCGAUGUGCAGCCGAGCAUCUUGAAAUGACCGAAGAGAAUGGAGAAGGCAAUCUUAUUUCUCAGACUGAUAUCUUUCUCAAUCAGGUGGUUCUGCGAAAUUGGAAAGACUCCUUGAAAGCCCUCCAAAGCUGUGAAGACGUUCUCCCUUAUGCUGAAGAGCUUCAAUUUCCCAAAAAGUUUAUUGACUCUUUGGCUGCCAAAGCUUGCACUGACCCAAAUCUAUUUGGCUGGCCUGUCCUGGAGCAUGGGGGCCCCAUGCAGAGUCCCGGAGGAAGUGUGUUGUGGAAUGGAAUCAGCACAGGUGCUCGACCAAAAAAUUCAAGUUCUGAUUGGUGGUACGAGGACGCAUCAACUUUAAGUUUACCACUUUACAAAAGGUUAAUUUCUGCCAUGGAAUCUCGAGGGUUAAAACAGGAAAUAAUUGCUGGCUCCCUGAACUUUUAUGCAAGAAAGUAUAUACCAGGGUUAAACCGUCGACAGGGUUCCACUGAAUCCAGUAACCGUCUUGCACCAGUGGGUUCGGGAAUCUCACUGUCAGAAGAGGAUCAGAAGCUUUUAAUUGAAGAGAUUGAUCACUUACUUCCCAUGCAGAAGGGUCUAGUCCCAACAAAAUUUUUAUUUGGCCUCCUUAGAACGGCCAAGAUUCUUCGAGCAAAUCCUUCUUGCAUAUCAAACUUAGAGAAGAGGAUAGGAGUGCAACUAGAUCAGGCAACUCUUGAGGAUCUACUGAUGCCUAAUUUUUCUUAUUCCAUGGAGACUCUAUAUGAUGUGGACUGCGUCCAGAGGAUUCUUGACCAUUUCUUGGUCAUGGAUCAGGUGGUUGGCGGUGCAUCCCCAGGUUCAGUUGAUGACGCCCAACUAAUGGGAUCACCAUCACUGACACCUAUCACAAUGGUAGCCAAGUUAAUUGAUGGGUACCUUGCAGAGGUUGCCCCAGAUGUUAAUCUGAAGCUCCCCAAGUUUCAGUCCCUUGCUGCUGCUGUUCCUGAGUAUGCACGACCCUUGGAUGAUGGUCUUUAUCGUGCAAUCGACAUUUAUCUCAAGUCUCAUCCAUGGUUGGCAGAGUCGGAUAGAGAACAACUCUGCAGGCUGAUGGACUGCCAAAAACUAUCUUUGGAAGCAUGUACUCAUGCAGCGCAGAACGAGAGGCUGCCUUUGAGAAUAAUAGUCCAAGUCCUCUUCUUUGAGCAGCUCCAACUGAGGACUUCGAUUGCUGGUUGUUUGUUGGUCUCGGACAAUUUCGAUGGGUCAAGACAGUUAAGAAGUGGCUUGAUGGGCCAGAACGAUGGAGUUUGGGCCACAGCCGCACGAGAAAACCAGGUCUUGAAAGUCGGAAUGGAUAACAUGAGGAUGAGGGUUUCCGAGCUUGAGAAAGAGUGUUCCACCAUGAGGCAGGAGAUUGAGAAGUUGGGUCGAGUAAAAGGAUCGAGCACGUGGGGAAAUGUCUCGAAAAAGUUUGGUUUUAGACUUAAGUCCCAAAUGUGCAGUGCUCAAGAGGGAUCUGUCAGUAAGCAGAACAAUCCAAGUGUGCAAAGUGAGAAGUCGAAAAAUCAACACAAGGGAAAGCACAAGAAAAAUAUAUCUUCAGAUGAAUAAUGACUCUUUCAUCUCUUAUUUUUUAAAUUUUAUUUGUCGAUUUCUGUUUUUAGUUUAGGACUGGAAAUUAUGUUUCCUUGUUUGUCUUAUACUAGUCUGUUUAGAUUCAUUUUCUCGGUAUCUCAGCUUGUAACAUGAGUAGAUUGCAAUUGUAAGUGUGUACUUUUAUGAAACUUGUGAUGGUGUCAGAGGAAGUCCGGGAAGACCUAAUCUAAAAUAGGUUGAAUCCCAAACCUUGAAGGUCUCUACUGUCCCGUCUUUAGAACUUUGUGAGGGAGGUAAAUUGUGGAAUGUGUCCCAACAGGUCAGGGAACAAGAGCUGUCUGUACACUGCGUCUACAAAGAAUUUAAUUCCAUGUCCCGAGAAGACCUGAUCUGCUUGUACAGCAAAAUGCUUCAUAGAUUUGUACCAGAUGCAGGUGUGGCAGCAUCUGGUUUGAUCUGCUGCUAUUUUAUUUUUGCCAUUAUUCAACAGAUUGUUGUCAAGUGUUUUCUGUAUAAAUUCUGAAAGUUAAAUUUGUACGUGUAGACUCGUUGGUCCGGGAAAUAUCUUCUCCUCGGGCUAGAGUUUUCUUCCUCUA